AUGAGCGACAAGGAGAAAGAGCUCCGUGAAGCUGCAGCUGACGGUCGACUGGCCGACGUGAAGCGGCUCGUGGAAGAAGAAGGCGUGAAUCCCAACUGCGACAAUGGCAGAGCAUUGUGCCGAGCUGCUCGCAAUGGUCAAACGAACGUCGUCGACUACUUGCUGAAGAAGAACGUGUCGACGGAAUGUCGUUGGGGUGGAGCUACACCUCUGAUUCACGCUGCUUUCUACAAUUAUCUCGAAGUUGUGCGCCUCCUCUUGGCCGCCAACGCGAAUAUCAACGCCAGAACCAACAGCAACAAGACAGCGCUCGAUUACGCGGUUGAAAAGAAACACGAUGCCAUUGCGCAGCUCUUGCGCGACCAUCCUCAACGCAAGAUCAACAAGGACAAGCUUCUUGCGGCCUUGCACGAAAGACGCAUCCAAGACGCCAUCCACCUCAUCAGCGAAACCAAUAUCGACGUGAAUCUGCGAGAUGGCAACUUCGUCCCACUGCUGCAUUUGGUGACCGAGACGGGUAACAUGGAGCUUCUGCAAACCCUUCUUUCCAAGCCCAACCUUAGUGUGAACGCUACCGACAAGGAAGAGCAAACGGCGCUUGCUCGUGCGAUUGGCAAGAACGACGUUGCUGUGGUUUUUGCCCUUUUGCAAGCCAACGCUACUGUCAACCAGCUGAACGAGGCGCAACUGCGCGCGCUCAUUGCCGCAGAUCUCUUUGGCAAUGCCCUGUUUUCCGCCGCGUCAACCAACGACGCCAGCAGUGCCGAGCGUUUGCUCCUUGCCGGUGUUCGUCCUGCAAUGACCAAUGAAGACGGAGCCACCGCACUGCACGUGGCCGCUGCCAACGGCUUCGACGCCAUCGCCGCGCUGCUCCUGGCAGAGGACCCGUCACUUUCUCUGCGCAGCGACCGGCGAGGCAAUCUACCGCUGCACCUUGCGGCCGCCAACGGGCACUUGACCAUCGUCAAGUUGUUGCUCAACAAUUCGACUUACAGUGGUCUCAACUGCACCAACAACUCUGGCGAGGUGCCCCUUCUCGUGGCGGUCAAAGCGGGUCACGCCAACAUUGUCGAGCGCUUGCUCCUUGCCAAGGCAUCGUCAAGCUGCCUGCCUCAUGAGGGUCAAACGCUGCUGCAUGUGGCGGCUGCGCAAGGAAACCUCGGCGUUGUCAAGGUGCUCGUGACGGCAGGCUUCAAUGUCUUUGCCACCGACAUGGAAACGGGCCGCACGGCGCUGCACAUGGCGGCGGCUGCGAACCACGGAAAGGUCGUCGCCCGGCUCGUGGCCGCGGGUGCAACCAUCGAUGUCGCGGCGCGAACGGUAAACGGCUGGACAGCACUCGUGGUUGCGACAGCCAGACAACACGUCGACAUUGUCGGCCAGCUCUUGCGAGCGGGUGCGAGCGUCCACGUCAACGCCAACGCCACGAAGAGCACCAAGACACUGUACCAACCACUGCAUCUCGCCGCCGAGCAUGGCUACGGCGAAAUCGUCAGCCUCUUGUUGGCCCACAACGCCAAUGUGAAUGCGGGCUCGAUGCGGCCGCUGCAUCUUGCCGUUCGACACAACCCCGCCGACGUCGAAAACGAUCACGCUGACGUCGUUCGACGGCUGUUGGACGCCGACGCAUCUCUCUCGGUGACCAACCUCGCCGGCAAGACACCUCGGAUGCUGGCCAAGGCCUUGAAGCACACCUUGAUCUUGAGCAUACUCACACGCCACGCGCUCUUUGUGGCCGUGCGUGACCACGACGUGGACGGCUUCGUACAGCUUUUGGAUGGCGACGUCGACGACAUGCGCAACAACGUCGGCACACCGCUCCUGCACGUCCUCGUCGAACAGAACUGCACCGAGAUGCUGCAAGCACUCUUGGCCAAGUCUGUCCGUGGCAUCGACAUCGAAUACGAGGGACACACGCCUCUGGAUCGCGCGAUCGGAAAGAAGAACGCGGCCAUGGCGCUGGCGCUGGUCCUUGCCAACGCGACGUGCAAACAUCUCUCCGCGUCGACGGUGGCGGCGUUUCUUCGGUCGCCAGACGCGUUCGUGUUUAACGCGCAACUGCUCCGCGCUGCGUCCACCGGUGACACUGGCGUUGUCACCAAGCUGCUCGCGAUGGGGGUGCGCGCCACAGCGAGAGACGAGACCUUGCGGACGGCGCUGCAUGUGGCGGCCACGCAUGGCCACGAUGCGAUGGUCUCGCUUUUACUCGAGAAGGAGGCGUUGCUUGGUCGGUGCCGAGACGAGGAGGGAAAUCUACCGCUGCACAAUGCAGCGGCCAGCGGCCACGUCACUCUCAUCGACCACCUCGUGGCGCCUCUGACCAUCAACGAAGCCAAUGCUAUGGGAAAUCUACCGCUGCACAAUGCAGCGGCCAGCGGCCAUGUUGCUCUCGUCGACCAGCUCGCUGCAGCCUUGACCAUCAACGAAGCCAAUGAUGACGGAUGGACACCGCUCGGCCUUGCCGUUCAAAGCGGUCGCACGAACGUCGUUAAGCAGCUGCUCCACCAUCGUGUCUCGCUCGAGCACAAAAGUGGUAAGGAUGGAACGCUCCUGCACGUGGCCACGUCGAGCUGCGUGAGCACCGAUCUGCUUGAGCACCUUGUCAAGAGCGGCAGCGACGUUAACGCGUGCGACACGCGGGGCUGGACGCCGCUGCAUAUUGUGGCCGACAAAGGCCACUUGCAAGCUGUCGAGUACCUCGUUAGAGCCGGCGCCAACGUCGUGGCCAAGACACAGGACUGUAAAACGCCAUUGCAAAUGGCCAAGGAUACGAAAGUCGUCAAGGCCUUGCUAAAGGCUGAAGCCGACGCACGGACCCAAGCGCACGUGCUCAAGCAGCACGCGAACGACCAGACAGCGUCGUUGUGUCGCGCCGUCCUCGAGAACGAUGUCGCCGCAGUCACGGAUCUGCUCGCUGCCGGCGUCAAACCUAGUGGGCUCACAGUGGAGGGUGUGCCGCUGCCUGUCGUGGCCAUGCGUCGUGGCCACUGGGAGACGUGCGACCGGUUGCUAGCCGUCUCGGUUGUCCCCAGCGACGCCGCCCGCGUGCGCAUGAUGCACUCGCUUGCACUCGAGCUGGAGCAAUUCCAGGCGGCGUGGCACAUUUUACAAGCCAACUCGGACGUCCUCGCCCGUGACACGCAGCAUGUCUCGGCGGAAGCCAAUAAUGCCCCGGUGCACGCUCUGCAGGCCAUGUGGACGGGCGCUGCGCUGCGGACGGCUGCCCGCGACGGCCAAGUCGACGUCGCCAAGCAUCUUCUGUUGCAGUUUCAAGGCAUUGUCGAUGCCACCAACGAGCGUGGCGAGACGCCGCUGCAUGUGGCGGUCGCCUCAGCAAACGUGUCGAGCGAUGUGGCUGCGUACACUGCGAUGACAACACUGCUCUUGAAGUACAGAGCCAAUCCGCUGGCCAUCAACACGAUGGGUGUGACGCCCUUGCUCUUGGCGGCUCGCAGUGGUAAAUCGAACGUCACUGCCGCGCUCGUCGCCGCAGUGCUCGCAAAGCCAUCGCCCGACACGGCAGCACUCGCUACUUGCUUCGCCGAGGCCGUCCGGCAGCGAGACGUGCAAGUCGUGGCCAUGCUUUUGCCCAAAAUGCCAACUGACGUCGUGACAUUGACGCUCGCAUCGAAUUCCAUGGGCCUGGCGAUCCUUGCGGCAACCGUGGGGCAUCUGGCCACGCUCGAUGGACGCACAGCCAAAGACAUGGCGACGGGCGACGUCACGCCGCGCUUGACGACGUUUUUGGUCGACGUUGCAGAGGAGCUCGAGCUUGUCCAGCGCCGCAUUCAGGAAGAUGAUCUCGUCAAAGCUGUCGACAGCCACGACUGGCCGCUUGUCAAGACGCUGCUGAUCAAGGGCGUUGUCAUCACGGAUGCUGGCGUCAUGGACACGAUUUGGAAAGAGGCUGUCAGCGCGGACGACGAGAAACUGAUCGAGACGCUCUGUGGCGCACCAGGCAUUGACACUUCGCUGCGUAACCAGGCUGGUCGAUCGGCACUGGAGGCAGCGAUGGACGCCAACAAGCUGUCCGUGGUGUCGAGCAUCCUCGACGCCUUUGCUGCAACCAACAGCGAUGUCGCACCCGAGGCGCUCUUGCCGUGGCACAUUGCCGUCGAGCGAAAUUCAUCUGUCAUGCUCGGUGUUCUUUUCACUCGAACGAUAUACAGCGUCAACAGCACAGACGCGAACGGCUGGACGCCUGUGGCGCUCGCGAUCCAAAACAACGAAAAAACUAUGGUUGAAAUGCUUGUCAGCUGCAAAGCCGACAUCUCCAUUGCACCGACGAACAUGAACCCGCCGCUGCACAUGGCGCUGUCGCAGCCCGACAGCUCGGGCAUACUGCGAGUGGUGCUUCGCAAAGGCGUCACCGGCCUCGAUGUCGAACAGCGAAACACGGCCAACCAUACGGCGCUCAGGUGUGCGGUCGUCGAUGGCCGCGAGGAAGCAGUCAAGCUGCUGCUUGAAGCCGGUGCCAACGUCAUGCAGUCGCUGCCGGACAAUGGACCGACGAUCUUGGCGGCCGCGGCGCAACGCCCGAAUCGAGCGAUUACAACCAUGAUCGACAACACGGUGGGCGCAGCCCUGAGCAAGAUUUGGGCUGCGGACAUUGGCUUUGGCGACCUUCAAGUGGGCGACAUUCUUGGUAGCGGUGCGUAUGGUACGGUCUAUCGCGCCACGUACAAGAACCACAGCAUUGCGCUCAAGACGUGCUCGAUGAACAACAUACGGGCAUACAAUUCCUUUCGAGACGAAAUCGAAAUCGCACGCCCAAUGCGCUCGCCGUACCUUGUGCGGCUGCUGACGGUGGUUGACGAUCAGAAUGGCAAGCCACACAUGGUGCUCGAGCUCAUGGACGCCGGUGAUCUCUUCGACUACAUCGCGAACAAGCGCUCUGGGAAGCCCGUGAAGAAGAACUUUUCAAUCGUGCAAGUGGCGUGGGCAGUCGCCAACGCACUGGCAUAUAUCCACGGCGCCGGUCUCAUCCAUCGCGACGUCAAGAGCCUUAACAUCUUUCUCUGCACGACCAACGGCGUCAAGCUCGGCGACUUCAACACGCUUCGGAUCGUAAAUGAGAAGAUGACGAACAACGUCGGCACGCCAGAGACGAUGGCGCCCGAAGUCACGCGUCGGGGCAGCGAAUCCGAAUGCGCGUACAAUGCCUUGGCGGACAUGUACUCGUUUGGCGUCGUCUUGGCCCAGCUCACGUGGAUCCGCACACCGUGCGACAGCCCCCUCGAUACCGAAAACACAAGUCGAAAUGGGAGCGUCACCCCGGCCAUCAAGCCCAACUGCGCGAUGUGGCUGGAGACUCUGGCCACUCGGUGCUUGGCGGUCGACCCGACGGCGCGGCCGUCUGCAACUCAAGUCGUCGAGAUUUUGGCCACCCACCUCGAGGACACCGACGACCAGGUCACGCUCGAGCCAUCGCCCGAGGUGACGCCGUAA